AGUGUUAUCUUACGUAUCAAUCAACCAACUUGUGCAUUAUAUAUCAAAAUAAAUGACCUAUUACCGUCAAGCGACGACAGGUGUCCAAAUAUUAAAAUCACAAAGUAUAUUUAUAAAUGUAUAAAAUGUAUACUCGAGUGACUAAUAUACGUCAACUAUAAACGACAAUUUUAUAAACAUGCUCAGCUUAUAAAAACUUCUAAAUAAUUUCCGCACAUUGCAGCUACUAGAACUUUCAUAUACGCCGUGCGGCAAAUCACAAGUUGUCAUUUUCAAUGAUAUGGAACGAUGCUCUCUGAGGAUGUGAAAGUUAAUUAUUAAGUCUCUGCAAAAGACAAUCGCGUAACUCAUACAUAUAUUACACAUGCUUAAGUUUUACGCAUGAAUUUUGCUACAUAAUAUUAGAGAGGAUAAGCAUGUAUAGCUAGAAGAUAAUUUUUUGUUGUAAUAUUGUUAUUCAUGAUACACAGAGAUGACAAAAUUACGUGGAGCAUAUCCCAUUACGUAACAGGAUUAAAUGUUAAAAUAUCAACAAUUAAUAAUAGACGAUCAAAGAGUAUAUGAGCAAUAGUCGAACAGCUUUCCUAUGGUUGCAAAUUUCUGUUGGUUUGAAUUUUGAGUUUCUACUCCACUGCACUGCAGAGCAGGUAGAAAUAAAAAAAUUAAUUUUGCGCGAAGGCGAAUGACCUCCAGAUAGAUCGGGUGUAACACGUACUUAUUUCUAUACAUCGCUGCGGUGUAACACGUGAAAGUGAUAUUUAUUUAUCAUGAGAUAAGGAUUAUAAUAAUUAUUGUAUUGUGAUCAAUGCUUAUGGAAAAUUGGUUUUUCUUUCAGCAAUCGUCAUAUGAGCGAAAAUCCGACAAGAAUCGCUGGAAAAAAAUAAUGCUCGCUCGGCCAAGUAAUAAAUUAUAUAUAUAUAUAAGAAUGAAAAUAAAUUAUCUAUAUAGAAACGGGAAAUAUAAACAUUUACGCAUAAACAAAAGACAAAUUAAAAUGUCAAUACCACUAUAACAAUGGCUUAAAACGUCAUCGACAAUUUCGCAUACAUCAAGUCCCCCAAUGAAAAUUUCACUCACAGCCACACCAUAAUCACGCUCGAGCUCGCGAUUCACCUCACGUCCCAUAUAUAUAUAUAUACACACGUAAAAGCACGUGCGCGUCGACGAAAAUCCCGAGUUCGUCAAACCCGCGCGAGCAAUCGCAGGAACAUAUUCGCCGGACACUGACCUGCGUGUACAUCAGUGCAGCAAUGGAAAGGAUCACGAUUUCCUCGUUUAAAUCGGAAAGUGAGUCGCGCGCUUUAUAAAAUAGCCUUGAACUCGACACUCGAGCCGUCAUUUAGGUCAGACGGUCGCGAGGCGUUAAACAGGUGUGCGUGUGUGUAUAUACCUCUGCAUCGCUCUGUGCACGAUAAACACUUUUUCUCGUUUUAAUUUUUAUAUCGUUUGCAUGUAUAAUGCGAUUUUUAUGAAUAAUUUUGAGAAUCCAGCGAUAGCCAAUUUAAUACACGUGUGAAGCUUUAUACAUUGAUCGGUAAGAAGUGCUGAUACAUUAUACUCGAAAAUUCAAAAGUAGGGCGAAAAGUGAAUUUUUGCGAGAGUUUUGCCAGACGGUAUAACGAACGUUCUCGAGCCCAUAAUUCUUUCGGCUCGCUCGAGAAGCUGGCAUCGAUGACCGAUCCGAUCAUCAAAUACAAGAUAAAACCGAGAAACGUUCGGCAACAAUUUCGAGAAAUCAAACACGCAACCAGCUCCUUUGUCUCGUCGAUUCCGUGAAAAAUCGGCAAUAGCCUCGAAUAUUCCACGCAUCUCCAGGCGUGAAAUUAGCUCGAAUAUAAGAGUUGACUCGUCGACACCGGUUUUCUGGAUACACAUAUCGCGCACGUUCGCAUCGUCGGCUCGAUAUAAGAGUGAGCUUUCUAUCGAAAGUUUAUGCAUAAUUGAUGACGGCCUGCUGGAGUAGCGGUUCGUCCCGACGUCUGCGCGCUACCCAAUUUCAGUUGGAGUUGGUCGUUCAGCUGCGAAGGAUCGUAUAUAAGUUACUCGUGCGAUUUUGAGUUUGAUUUUUUUUGUUGGUUUGUGGAAUCGAAUAGAAUAGACACACGAUGGACGUGAAGCUUUUGAUAUGCCUGAGUGGAUUUUUCGCCGUUACGAUGGCUGCACGACAGGGCCACGCUUAUUUUAACAGUACGGCGCAUGCCCUGAAGGUCUACGGGCACAGCUACUACAACCCGAUGACGGGCGAGCCUCUCCAGGGCACGAUAGACGACACCGGGAGGCUGCCCUUCGCCACCCCCAAGAUAAGCUUCAGAGGACUGCCCUGUGCUUGCGUCGACUCGAGCUGCGGAUGUUGCGCCGGUCUCAACAUCUCGGCCAUAAAAUUCGACCGGAGAUACUGCGCGAACUUCACCUACGACUCGUCCCAGCUCACCAUCGACAUGAAGGUCAUGAUGAACGAGAACGAGAUCUACAAGACUAGUGUCUCGGCGCGAAACCCGCCUCCGGUCUGCGUCCCUCUGCCCUACGUCCCGGUCCUGGACUUCUGCCUUCGACUCUACGACCUGUCGGUCCCCGAAGGCGGCAACCUGCAGACCUGCAUCGACUUCGAGACUCGUCUGGCCCAGUCGCCGCUUCUGGUCAUGCACUUCAACUGCGUCCGAGUGGGCUCUCAGGGCAUCUCCUGGGUCAAACCCGGCGACGCUGAAGCUGACGCCAACGGCACCGACUCCGCGACACCAUUGGCUGUGGUGAACAUUCAACCGGUACCGACGACCACGGAGGUCUACGACGAGGUGAAUUUCGAAGUGGCCGACUCGACGGAGAGCGACGGAUAUGCCAUCAACGGAACGACUCUGUCGCCGGAAGAGGAGGACAAAAUCGGCGAGCACAGGUUCACCGGGUGAUAGCCGAAUUCGAAGGUGUAUGUAGUCAUAUAAGUAUUUAUUUGCGAGUCCUGUGCUUCAUUGUGAUACGGAAGUAGUAUAUAGGCAUUCGAUUUAUUCGUCCAUCGUGUAUGGGAUGUUUUAUUUUAUCAUCACGUACUUACCAGUAUAUAUAUAUAUAUAUGUGAGUGAGUGCCAGCGUCGUAUUUAUUGUAUUCUAUUUAUGAGAACGAAAAUAAAAUUUAUAUAGCAAAAAUUGAAUAAACGCACCUCGUUAUUAUUUCACACGUAAAAUCCCCAAUGCACAAACAAGCCGUCAUCGUCACUUUCUCAAAAAAAAAAAAAAAAAAAAAAAAAAAAAAAAA